CACUCGGCUCCUCUCGCCGGCGACUCGACCGGCCCAGCUCUCGCGGACAAGUCCCGACAUCGCGCGCCCCCCCCCACCUCGGGGACCGCCCCCUCCUCGCUCUCCGCGUCGUCGAAGAUAAACAAUAGUUGGCCGGCGAGCGGCGAGUGUGUCUCCCGCCUCAGAAUUCGGCGGACUGCGUGGGAACGGCGGGAUCCCGGGCAGCCGGCCAUGGCGGGGCUGUACUCGCUGGGAGUGAGCGUCUUCUCUGACCAGGGCGGGAGGAAGUACAUGGAGGACGUAACUCAGAUUGUGGUGGAGCCCGAGCCACCCGUGGAGGACAAGCCGGCGCCGGUAUCGCGGCGGGCGCUCGGGCAGCCGGCGAGCCCCGCUCUUGCCAGCAUCGGGCCAUCGGGAAAAGGCCCGGCGGCGGCCCGCGACCCUGCCUUGGACGCCUCGGCCUCGCCACCCGCUGGCCGCUGCUGUCGCCGCCGCUCCUCGGUGGCCUUCUUCGCCGUGUGUGACGGACACGGCGGGCGGGAGGCGGCACAGUUUGCCCGGGAGCACUUGUGGGGUUUUAUCAAGAAGCAGAAGGGCUUCACCUCGUCCGAGCCCGCUAAGGUGUGCGCUGCCAUUCGCAAAGGCUUCCUCGCCUGUCACCUCGCCAUGUGGAAGAAACUAGCAGAAUGGCCAAAGACUAUGACAGGUCUUCCCAGCACAUCCGGAACAACUGCCAGUGUGGUUAUCAUACGGGGCAUGAAGAUGUAUGUAGCUCAUGUAGGUGACUCUGGGGUUGUCCUUGGAAUUCAGGAUGACCCAAAGGAUGAUUUUGUCAGAGCUGUGGAGGUGACACAAGACCAUAAGCCAGAACUUCCCAAGGAAAGAGAAAGAAUCGAAGGACUUGGUGGGAGUGUGAUGAACAAGUCUGGAGUGAAUCGUGUGGUUUGGAAAAGACCCCGGCUCUCUCACAGUGGACCUGUUCGGAGGAGUACAGUCAUUGAUCAGAUUCCUUUCCUGGCUGUAGCAAGAGCACUUGGUGACUUGUGGAGCUAUGAUUUCUUCAGUGGUAAGUUUGUGGUGUCACCUGAACCAGACACAAGUGUUCACACUCUUGACCCCCAGAAGCACAAGUAUAUUAUCCUGGGAAGUGAUGGACUUUGGAAUAUGAUUCCACCUCAAGAUGCCAUUUCCAUGUGCCAAGACCAAGAGGAGAAAAAAUACUUAAUGGGUGAGCAAGGCCAGUCCUGUGCCAAAAUGCUUGUGAAUCGAGCGCUUGGCCGCUGGAGGCAGCGUAUGCUCCGUGCAGAUAACACGAGUGCCAUCGUAAUCUGCAUCUCUCCAGGAGUAGACAAUCAGGGGAACUUUACCAGUGAAGAUGAGCUCUUUCUGAACCUGACUGAGAGCCCUACUUAUAACAGCCCAGAGACCUGUGUGAUGACUCCCUCCCCAAGUUCUACACCACCAGUCAAGUCAUUGGAAGAAGAUCCAUGGCCACGGCUGAACUCUAAGGACCACAUACCUGCCCUUGUUCGUAGUAAUGCCUUCUCAGAGAAAUUUUUAGAGGUCCCAGGUGAGACAGCUCGAGGGAGUAUCCAGACUGUAGUGAUGACCUCAAAAGAUUCAGAGGCACUUGAAGAAAACUGUCCAAAAGCCCUGACUUUAAGGAUUCAUGAUUCUUUGACUAAUGCCCUGUCAGUUGGCCUGGUGCCGACCAGUUCGACAAAUACCGUCAUGGACCAAAAAAAUUUAAAGAUGUCAACUCCAGGUCAGAUGAAGGCUCAAGAAGUUGAAAGAACCCCUCCAGCCAAUUUUAAAAGGACAUUAGAAGAGUCCAACUCUGGCCCCCUUAUGAAGAAGCAUCGACGAAAUGGCUUAAGUCGAAGUACUGGGGCUCAGGCUUCGAGUCUCCCUGCAGCAUCUCAGCGCAGGCACUCGGUCAAACUGACCAUGCGGCGCAGACUCAGGGGUCAGAAGAAGAUGGGAAAUCCUCUCCUACAGCAGCACCGGAAAACUGUGUGUGUGUGCUGAGAUGGACCUGGAAAGUGGGUACUUCUCCCUAGGAUGCGAGCGAGGGCUUUUUAAACUUGGUGCCGAAGUUGAACUUUUUUUUAAGGGGAUAAAAUAAAGAGUAUACUGUUAACUUUUUGGAAUUUAACAGUUUUAUCCUGGCCUUGUACUUGCCUGUAUUAUAAAUGUGAAUUUUGUAGAUGUAGGGAAUAAGUUGCUGUAAAAUGUGUGUAAAUUUGUAUCCUUUACACAAGUUCAGUCUCUUACUCUGACACAGAAAUGUGACAACAGGGCUAAUGUUGAAGAAAAAUCAGAAGAAUCUAUAAGAUUUUAAACAUGGUUAAACUUUUUAAAAUGCUUAUUACAUACUUGUAUACACCACUUGUGAAGAACACAUGACUUUUUAAAGAAAAUUAGUAAGCAAACUGGAAAAGUGAUGUAUUUUCAUAGUGAUCUGUGCUCCACUUAAUGUUUCCUAGGGACCAUUAGUGUCUUUAAAAAAUAUAUUAUUUCUCAUUUCAUAAUCCAUAACUAAACAUUUCAUAGGAAAAGCAUUGAGCCAUGCCAGUGUAGCUGAUUUUAGUCUUCUUGUCUACUUAUACUAUGCAGUAUGUCUUAACUUCAGUAGCAUUUUUCUAGAACAGUACAUCUGAUGUGCUUACUGAAAUCUCUGGCAUAGAAGGAGGUGUGUGUGCCUAAAACACCAUCAUUUCCCAGAUCAGUGGCAUUAGGACAUAUAGUUACCCUCUUCUAGUGUUUGCUUAAAAUACGUGACGUUUUUCUUGAUAUUUCAGUAACAGAUGGUGCUGCUAAUUCCCAACAUUUCCUAAAUUAUUUUAUAUCAUACAGUUUUCAUUGAUUAUGUCCAUCUAAUAAAUCAGUGAACUGUUGCUCUUUAUGUUGCUGGCGUUUUGUUGGUGAUUCUUCAUGGUAGGUACUAACAGUCACUUAUGUAAGAUAUCUGUGUUUUCUUGACUUAAAAUACAUAUAAUACUCAUUUUUUUGCACUGAGUUCUUAUUUUAAUAUAGAACACAUAGGAACAAACUAAAUAUCUAACAAUAUGAUUCAGUUAUAGCUUGUGAGUGUUCAGUAAAACUCUGGCCCUUUCUUUGGUAAUACAAUAAAACCUAAAGGGAAAUACUGAA